AUGUCGCAUCCAACCCCGGAUGAUAAGACCUUUGAUGGCUCAGUUCACGAGAAGGAUACCCAAAUUGGCGCUAGCGAAGAGAUUCAUAUUGAUCCAGUCGCUGAGAAGAAGCUUAUUCGCAAACUGGACCUCAUUUUAUCUCCGAUGAUGGUAUUGGUGUUUCUGGUGGCCUACCUCGACCGGUCCAACAUCGGAAAUGCUGCCAUCGCAGGCAUGAACGAGGAUCUGGGACUCACCGGCAACCGUCUCAACGUUGCCGUAACGCUCUUCUACGUCACCUACAUCGCCUUCGAGGUUCCAGCCUCUAUAUUGUUGAAGAAGCUGCGACCAUCCCGCCUAAUUCCAACAUUCAUCAUCGGCUGGAGCGCUGUCAUUGUCGGGGCUGCUUUCAUCGAGAACUACGCCUCUCUCAUCGCUACCCGCCUGCUCCUCGGUGCCUUCGAAUCCGGCCUGUUUCCGUGCUUGACGUUGUACCUGAGUAUGUACUACAAGCCUCUGGAGCAAGCGCGGAGGGUGUCGUAUCUCUUUGUUGCAUCUGCACUAAGCGGUGCAUUCGGCGGGCUACUGGCGUACGGUCUCACAAAUCUCCAUGGCGCGAAAGGACUAGCUGGUUGGCGCUGGCUAUUCUUGGUGGAGGGUCUCAUCUCCAUCAUCGUCGGUGUUGCUACCAUCUUCCUACUACCUGACAAUUUCGAGACCGCGUGGUGGUUGAACGAAGACGAAAAGGCUCUGCUUCGCGCCCGACACGAGAACGAACGAUUGUACCAGGGCAAGUCGAUGACAACAGAUGCCUUGGACAAGUCGGAAGUAAAGCUUGCUUUCCGCGAUCCCAAAGUAUGGCUCAGCUCUGCUUGCCAAUUCUGCGCCAAUACCUGCUCCUUCGGCUUCUCAACAUUCCUCCCCGUCAUCAUUCGUGGAUUUGGAUACUCUAGCAUUCGCACUCAGCUCCUCACCGUGCCCGUGUACAUCUGGGCCUCGGCAGUAUAUCUUUUCGUCGCUUUCUGCUCGGAUUACUUCAACCGACGAGCGUUCUUCAUGGUUCCUUUGGCGUUAGUUACCUCAAUUGGUUAUGCCAUGAUGCUGGGUGUCUCCAUGUCCUCGACCGGGGUGCUGUACUUUGCGACCUUUGUCACUGCUACUGGCAUCUACUGUGUCGUGGGUUUGAACGUUACCUGGGUGAUCAACAGCAAUGCGGGAUACUUCAAGCGCGCCACCGCCAUAGGACUGCAACAAACGAUCGGUAACUCGGCGGGUAUCAUGGCCGGCCAGAUCUACCGUAUUACGAAUGACGAUGGUCGUUAUGUGAUUGGUCACGCGGUCUCCAUCACAACGAUCACAAUCGCGGCAUGUGGCUACGCUCUCAUGUACUUCACUUUGCGCGGUAUUAAUAAGAAGAGAGAGGUAAUGUCUAUCGAGGAACGAAUCCGACAGAUCGACUCAGGUAAACUUGGCGAUCGCCAUCCCGACUUCCGGUAUACAUUGUAG